AUCAGAAUGCGAGGCACAUAGAAGCGGCUGCAUCGUCAGUUUCGCGCAGAAGCGCAAAGCAAGCGCGCACACACACACACACACACACACACACACACACACUUAUUUACUAUUACAGUCACAUCGCUGUUUCUCUCAGUGCAAUUCCCUCUCAGUGUCCAGGAGCAUUUCCACAGCACACUGCAAUACCUACACUGCUCAACUCACCAAGUUUCCAGGCGCAGGAUUUUUCUUUCCUCUUGCGUCGCUAUCACUCGUCGAUCUGCUCUUCUCAUCUCAAAAAGACAGCACCAAGGAACCAGACUGAGGAGAUCUACCAGCCCUCUAUUCAACAGUCUCCUCUGUGUGCAUCGCGAUGAUACCAAGAUGAUUUAAAAGACCACAACAAUAUACCUGUGAACGUGUUUGGCAUCCUCACUACGCUGGUCUUCAGUGCAGCAUUUGAUCUGAAGUUUUGCACAAAACCAUCUUUGAAUAAAAUGGCUGCCCGUGCGAAAAACUGCUUGUACCUGCUCUUAGGAUGUUCACUACUUCCUAUGAUCUUAAGCAUGCACCCAGACUGUGUCAAUCAACUAGAAAAAGAAAGAUGUAUGGAGAGGAUGGCCUUAGAUGACCCUGGCAGUGACCCUGAAAAUGUGUGUCGCUGGAUGUGGGACAAUCUGACAUGCUGGCAGCCAGCGAAAAUUGGUGAUAUGGUGUGGAUGCCCUGCCCUGAGCUCUUUGAGGUCAUGAAUGAAGAAUUUGAUGAGUUUGGAAAAGUGAGCCGUAACUGUACUGAGGAUGGCUGGUCAGAGAUCGACCCUCAUUAUGUGGAUGUGUGUAUUUUUGAUUACAAUAGGACAAGUUUUAUGGACAAGUACUAUGUGUCUGUGAAAGCUCUGUACACAGUGGGCUACAGCACGUCUCUUGUGUCUCUAACCACUGCCAUGGUCAUCCUCUGCUGGUUCAGGAAGCUUCACUGCACCAGGAACUUUAUCCACAUGAAUCUCUUUGUGUCGUUUAUCCUGAGAGCCAUCUCGGUUUUUAUUAAAGAUGGAGUUCUUUAUGCCGAGGAGGACAGCAGCCGCUGCUUUAUACAUACUGUGGAAUGUAAGGCAGUCAUGAUAUUUUUUCACUAUUGUGUUUUGUCAAAUUACUUCUGGCUGUUCAUUGAGGGACUGUAUCUCUUCACUCUGCUGGUGGAGACCUUCUUCCCUGAGAGGAGAUAUUUCUACUGGUACACCAUCAUUGGCUGGGGAACCCCAACAGUGUGUGUGACAGUCUGGGCAAUGCUCCGUGUCCAUUUUGAUAACAUCGGAUGUUGGGACAUAAAUAGCAAUGCUGCCAUCUGGUGGGUGAUUAAGGGACCUGUGCUUGCUUCCAUUAUGAUCAACUUUGUCCUCUUUAUCGGGAUCAUUAUAAUUCUUGUCCAGAAGUUGCAAUCUCCUGACAUAGGAGGCAACGAAUCCAGCAUUUAUUUACGUCUUGCUCGCUCCACUCUCCUGCUCAUCCCUCUUUUUGGUAUCCACUACACUGUGUUUGCUUUCACUCCUGAGGAUGUCAGUAAGAGAGAACGACUCGUGUUUGAACUGGGUCUUGGCUCUUUCCAGGGAUUUGUGGUUGCUGUACUGUACUGCUUCCUCAAUGGAGAGGUGCAGUCAGAGGUGAAGAGAAAGUGGAGGAGCUGGACGGUGAACCGUUACUUUGCUGUGGAUAUGAAGCACAGGCACCCGUCCUUGGCCAGCAGUGGUGCAAAUGGAGGCACGCAGAUCUCCAUUCUCAGCAAAAGCAGCUCGCAGAUCCGCAUGUCCAGCCUGCAGGCCGAGACUCCAGCCACAUGAGCUGCAGCCUCUCAGAUCCGCAGAUACACACUGAACUCCUAACACCUAGCACUAUAUUAGUCCAGUUUGACCUCAGAGACUUGUAGGAGCUUGCAUUGUUCGGGGCAAAGAGAUGCUGGAGCCUAUUUAUCAGAGAAAUCUGCUUGUGAACUCAAGAAUUCGACACCUUUAAUGAUAAUACAGUCAAGAAGAAAAAUGUUUGGCUCAGCCUUUGUAUAAAUGAUGGAAUUUCUAGAGCCAUGACAAUUUCAUUGGCAUUGUUUUGCCAAGUGAAAGAAAUAUUUGACAUCGAUACAUUCUAAUGACCUUGAACACGAAGGCUAAAUAUCGACGACAUUCCAUAGAACUCGUGCAUAUGUUGAUGAUCAAGAAAAUGUGACCUUUUUCUCUUGACCAGUUUUAAAUUGUUUUACAAUGAUCCUAGAUAAAAAAAAAACUUGGAUGAUACAAAGGGAAACACUCUGACGUCUUUCUGUAGACUAUUAGUCAAGCUGUCAAAAAAGAGAUAUUUCAGCAGUGAAAUAGUAACUUUGAAUCUAUUUGAUUUAACCCAAUACAAAUAUAGAUAUAAAAUUAGCUACUAAUCAACCAGAAGUAUUUCAUUUAGAAAUUGUUCAGUGUUUCUUCAUGUGCUGGUAAAUACGAUCUUGGACUUGCUCUAGACCAUGCUCCGAUCUCCCUGCCAAUGUAAAUAUUUAUUAUAUUGUAUUCAGUAAUGGAACGUCAUGAUCAAAUUUGUGAAAUGAAUUGAAAAAGAAUAGAAACUGAAUAACUGAGGUAGACCUCAUGCAAUUUGUGCCAUUUUUUAUGUUGGUCGAUAUGAGGAUGAUAUUAACUAUUCAGUUUUUAAAGCACACAGGAUUACUCAAUUGGGAAAGUUGUCUAAUAUGAAGUAGGAAAAGAGCACAUUAAUGCUUUUUUUUCCCACACUGUAGUUUUGCUGUCGGUUUUAACUGUGAAUGCAUAUGGUCGGUCAAUUCAGGACCAUUUUUUGUUAACAUAAAGUUGGGUAAUAAUUUCUUAUGGAUCUCUUAUUAUGUAGAUAAAUAAUCAAACACAUGCAAACUAAAAGUAAUACGUUCAAUAUUUGAAAUAGUAGAUUUUGUGAUUUUGUAAGUGAAUGUCUCGUAUUUUUUUUGCCCUGGAAUUUUGUAAACAGCCGUUAGUACUGAAAAUGUCAUUAAAGCAAACAACAAGCAAAGCACCUCGUGAUUUUGUAUAACUUGUUUGGCUCAUUCUAGUUGUUUGCAUGAAUCAGUGAGAUCAUCCUAUUGUAAAUAUGUACUUUUAAAUCUUAAAAAAUCUUCAGCUUCAGAACUAGAAAGUGACUAUUUUGGACAUAUUUUUAGUAACACGAUUUUUUGGUAUUAAUAUCCUAUAAAUAUUUUGUUUGGUUGAUGAUUUUUAAAAUUACUAUUACAAUAGAAUACUAUUAUUAUAAUUUUACCCAAAAAGAAAGCAAAAUCGGUGUAUCACAUGGCACUUUUGGUAGUCCAAAGAUUAAUAUUGAGAUAUUUUGACAGCUGGUAUUGCCGAACUUGUUUGCAAAUGCUGUGGAAGAUUGCAGCUGAUGUUAAUUCAGAUUUCUUCACAAGGGGAUCCUGAGAGCGAUAUUCUAUUAAUAUUGAUGCUCAGAAAGUUUAUCAUGGAAGUGCCUUUUUUGCACAAAAGAAAGACUACACAAUUUAAUAGAUAGGUAAAAAAAUCCAUUCAACUAAACAAGCAUGAAGCUGGUGGCUCUAGUGAAGUGCUUUUAUUGUACAUAAAUAAUCUGUGUUAAAAACCAAGAGGCCUUCAGAAAAUGUCAUUUUUUUGUUUUUCUCAGCCUUUAAUUUGACUUUUGAUCUCUACAUAUAUUAAAAUGUGGUUUAGUAUGUCUUUAAUAUUUCCAAAUUCAAUCACAGCUUUAAAAAAAAACUUUUUUCAUAUUUUGUUUUUAUAUAAUCUAAAUCACUAGUUCACCAUCGUAGAUGACAGUACUUUCAGCCUUUUUUUGGACUUUCUGUUUGCAAACAGAAUCUGCAAAAAGACAAAAUGUGUGUUUCAACAGGAGAUUAAACAUAUUUGUCUGUAGAAAAUUGCUAUUUGUGUGUAAAGUUCCAGUAUUGAUGAUUGCUUAUUGUUUUCUGGCGUCGGCAUUAGUAAAGCAGUGUUAUAAACCUAUUUUAGUUUGCCACGUUUAUACAUUGUAAUGCAUAAUACACGUCACGUUGUCUUACAAGGCAAAUGGUUUCUAUUGCUGUUAGUUGUCAGUGGAUUAGUGAAAUCUUGUUGUGUUGUGCAGGACUAGAACACCAAGAGUAGACUCUGUGGCCUUUACACAACUGAAUCCAGCUUCGUUUAUAGCUAUUAUUAUCAUCCAUAAACCACUUCGUUUUUUCCAAAUUUCCAAAUGACCUAGCAGACAUCUGAUAUCUGGAUCAAAUCAUUGACAAUAUGUACAUCAUGUGUUAUUUGGCACAGGCCAUAGAUCAGUCACAGACAAAGUGUUACCAUUUAAGCAAUAUGCCAUUAUAUUUUAAGAGAAAAUCUCAUUGUUUUUAUAUAGAAUUGUGCCACAGGUAACUAUUUGCUGUUGGUAUUGAAGUGACAUCAUUGUUCUGCCAAUAAUGUACAAAACGGUGUUCUAGAAAAGUAGUUAUAGUGUUAGUGUUAAUGGGAAAUGUACCACACAUGUUAUAAAGCUUGCUAAAUUGUUUCAUCUGUACCAUGCAGUAUUGACUAUUUUGCUUUGGGGGACGUAUUAAAAAACGUGCUCAACAUCUCUAGUUGUAUUUUCUCUGUUAUUUUUUUAUGGUGUUUGUAGUGUAUAACCAGCAUUAUUGCUGCCUGUAAUUGUGAAAAACUGAUGCAUGUGUAUUCUGUGGUUGGAUGUUUCCUGCUGAGUGUGUUGAUGUUUAACAAAGUGUGUCAGCUAAAAACGAAAUGAAAUACCACUUAGAUGGAUAUGACUGCAGACAGUUUCAUUCAUAGCACUAAUGUCUGUUUUCCUGAACAGCGUAUUUCCACAUAAUUUAUUCAGACAAUAGCUUACCGUUUCUUUGCUAAAUCGCUGCAGCUUUAGAGUCUUUUGUCUGCACUCAUCUUUGUGGGACAUUUACUUACAUUAGUUCACUAAUUAUCGAGCGGGACUGAAUAAGACUGCUGAUUUAACCGAUUUAAAGACAUGUUCAAACCCAUUUUCAUGUUCUACAAUACCAGCCUAUUUAACACGCAAGAAAAGCCUGUUAGGUAUUAGCAAAUGUUGUAUCAUCCAACCAAACAUAGCAUACAUUUUUUUUUUUUCUGUUUAAUUGAACAUUAUAAGCACUGCA